UGAUUCUCGGUCAAAGUUAUAAUCUGAAAGCUAAACGAUUCUGAAAUGCAACAGAGGCUUUUUUCUUCAAAUAAUGUCGAAAACUAGGAAAUACAUCAUGAUAAAAGUUGCAAAAGCAACUGAUUUUCACGAGUCCUUUUUAGAAAUGUGCCAACAGUGAGUCUGGUUUGGAAGAGCUGGAAUUCAUAACGUCCUGACUCUGUUGUCUACAUCUUGCCCUCUGCGGUGAAAACUUUCCUCUCUGUUGUGCUGCACACCUUCUGACACCCGUGAUAGAUAGAACGAAAGAAAAAAAACUCACCACUGACUGUUUGUUUAGUGCUUCAAGUGGCACGCGUCCGGCGCGCGCAACGCACCGGCACCGGCGCAGGAGCCCAAGGUGGAUCCACGCGACCGGAGGGCGUGGCCAGUCCCCCAUCCAGACGUGUUGAAAAGCAGUGGCGUCUUUCCACGAGGACUCAGUGCAGCUUUGAGGAGCGCGCGAGGCAGCAGCCCAGCGGACUGCCCCAAACUGAAACAAGUGCGCGUCAAGCGGCCACACCACGUGAACGGCACGAGCGGGACACACCGCCUCCAGACUUGGUGAUUUCUUUAUAAGUUUGUGUUUCUUUGUUUAAACUGGGAAUGGACCUCACAGCCAAGAUGGAAAUUAACGUCAGCCAGCAGCAGCUCAUGCCGCCCGCUUGUUUCUUUUCGGCCGCGGCGGCGCAGAGCAUCCAGCUGAGCCCCUGCGGCAGCAGCCAGGGCAGCGGGAAGUCAGCGUCCAAGCAGCCCAAGAGGCAGCGCUCCUCCUCCCCGGAGCUGCUGCGGUGCAAGCGGAGACUGAAUUUCGCGGGUUUCGGCUACACUCUCCCGCAGCAGCAGCCGCACGCAGUGGCCCGGAGGAACGAGAGGGAACGCAACCGGGUCAAACUGGUCAAUAACGGCUUCGCCACCCUGCGGGAGCACGUUCCUAACGGCGCCGCCAACAAGAAGAUGAGCAAAGUGGAGACGCUGCGCUCUGCGGUGGAGUACAUCCGCGCCCUGCAGCAGCUGCUGGACGAACACGACGCGGUGAGCGCGGCGUUUCAGUCCGGCGUCCUGUCGCCCACCAUGUCGCAGGGAUACUCCGCUGACAUGAACUCCAUGGCAGGGUCUCCGGUGUCCUCAUACUCAUCUGACGAAGGUUCCUACGACCCCCUCAGUCCUGAGGAGCAGGAACUGCUGGACUUCGCCAACUGGUUCUGAGCAUCCUAUAUGAG